GAAGCCCGGCCCCGCGUGAAGCAGAGUUGGGAAGUCCCGCUGCUGCUGCUGCCGCCGCCGCCGCCGCCUCCUCCGCCGCCGCCGCCAUGGUGAACGUGCCCAAGACCCGGCGCACCUACUGCAAGAAGUGCGGCAAGCACCAGCCGCACAAGGUGACGCAGUACAAGAAGGGCAAGGACUCUCUGUACGCGCAGGGCAAGCGGCGCUACGACCGCAAGCAGAGCGGCUACGGCGGCCAGACCAAGCCCAUCUUCCGCAAGAAGGCCAAGACCACGAAGAAGAUCGUGCUGAGACUCGAGUGCGUGGAGCCCAACUGCAGGUCCAAGAGGAUGCUGGCCAUCAAGCGCUGCAAGCAUUUCGAGCUGGGAGGAGACAAGAAGCGGAAGGGACAAGUGAUCCAGUUCUGAGCUGCCUUCGGCGCGCCCUCGGCUCCCGGGAGAGAAACGAUUAAAAUAUUGAAGUUCCAGUA